AUGUUGGUACAGGGAAAGUCGGCCGUUAUAACGGGAGGCGGUCGCGGUAUUGGACGCGCCAUUGCCGAGCAACUGCUCAAAUACGGGGCAAAGGUAUGUUUACUGGACGUACUAGAGGCUGAACUCCGCCAAACCUGGACGGAACUCAAACAGCAAUAUGGUGAGUCCAACAUCACAACCAGCAAGGCGGACGUUACCAAUAAAGCGGAAUUCAAGGCUGCUAUCCAGAACACAGUCAAUGUAUUCGGACAAGUGGAUAUCCUGGUGAACAACGCCUGCAUUCAGAAGGAAGGUCAAUGGGAAGCCAUGCUGAACGUCAACUUGGUACAGACAUCUCUGUCAUGA